CCCAGUCAGACCUGCCCGACUAACCAGCUAGUAGUAAGCCAUGGUGUAGGCGCUCGUUAAUUUCGCGUUUUAUUUGAUUUCGUUGAAUUCUUAUUUCGCAAUUAGAAUAUUCGGUUCCAUGUGAAUCGACGUUCGCAAGCUGAAAGUCCACACGGGACUCUCGGCCGAGGGUACAAGCCGAGAUUCUCGCAAUUUUCGAGGGAGUGCAAGUAGUCGAGAGCGUAUUCGGGCAGCCUUCAACGUAAACAAAAAUGGAGGUGGAGGAGGAAGAGGCACGGAUUUGCAGACUUUGCGGACAGUGUGGCAGCAUUUAUAUUGAUGUCUUUGGAGAGGAAGGAACGAAGAGAUUAUUGGGACUGAAAAUACAUACGAAAAUCAACAUUCUGAUAGAUGAGAGGGAUGCUCUGCCCAAGGUGAUCUGUGUUCAGUGUCUGGGAAAACUCGAAUUCGUUUGCGACUUCCAAGAGGAGUGUCUUCGCACCCAGCAACUGUUACGCGAUCGGUACAAUCUGCCAACCUUAACAGAUGUUAUACAAGAAGAUGAUGGCCUCUCCCACGUUGUGUGCGUGCGAUGCAUGGGGACGUUGGAAUUUUUAUGUGACUUUCAUGAAAAGUGUCAUCUUACACAACGAGAACUAUUAUCAGCUAAAGAACGCCAAAACUUAGAAACCAAUUUUAAUGAAGACUGUGAUGUUGAUUCUGACAAGGAAAACAUUUUGCCAGCUAAAGUUCCUCAGAAACGAAAAGUCAUAAGGAUUGUUCAGUCUGAGAAAUCGAAAGUUCAAAAACUUAACAGCACAACCAAUGAAUCGCUCGUAAAUUUUACUGAGAACGAAAAUUCUAAUUGCGAUGAGAAAUUUGAACAGAAUAGGAACAGAUUGUCUGAAAGUGAUUCAGUGCAUUCUCAUGAAGAUCUAUCAUCGGAUUCGGAAGAGACUGAAAUGUGUCAAUCAAUUUCAAAAUCCACUGUACCUAAGAAAAAUUUACCUGAAGAAAAUGCAGAUUCAAAUUCUGUGCCAAGCUACACGAAAUUGGACGUUGUGGAAAAUUUGGGAACUUUAAAAAAGACUGAGGAAACUGUUAAGGAAAUAAUAGACGAUCAAAAUAAUGUUAGACAUAAUUCACAAAAUGUUGGAAAAUUCGUCGAUGAGAUUAUUUGUACAGAUACUCAGACUGAAAUAGCGUCUAAUAAGAAUAAUGAUCAAGAAAUUUCAAUAGUUAACCAAAAGAAAUUUACCUGUAUGGAAAACAAAAAAUUGCAUGAUUCCAAAGACAACAAUGAAAAUUCUUUAGAGACGAGAGAACGUGAGUUACAAAGUAAUCAGGAGCCUAUGAACUCUAAUAAUAAUCCAGUGAAUCACACAGAGAAUGAGUCUGAGUCCGGAACGAUCUUAACGGAUUCCACAAAAAGUAAAGCUGUGCCUGUUAUAGUUAAGCAAGAAAAAUAUGAAUAUGUACGGUUACCAAAUGAAGCAGCUUCGUGUUCAGCAGAAAAACCAAAGAUAAAUGGGACUAAUAAACCCACAAAUACAAGUCCUCCACCAGGUGACGAAGCUGAGGAUGACAUCGGUCAUCACAUUGCUACGUCAUCCAUAGCUUCCUCUAACUCUUCCCCAUCUGUCAGAGAAUCGUCCAUAGACAAUACAGAAGAAAAUCAUGAUUCCACUGAAAAUUUGAAUACGUUCAAAGAACACAGCAUGCAGAAGGACCACAUGACGCAAUUGAGGAAAUCUGUCAUAGAGAUGUUAAAAAAUACUAAAUCUCAGAGCUCUUCCAUCGAAGCCUCGGAUGAUCCUAAUGACAUAAAAAUGCGACGUCGGACAUCAAAUAGUCUGAAUUAUCCAUCGAGCUCCGAUGAUGCCUCUUUGAUUGAUAUUUCUACAGAGGGUACAAAGGAUUUUCGAGAAAGACGUAAAACGACUGAUGGAAAGUUUGGCAGGGUAUCAGAAUUGAUAAGCGAAGAACAAAAAGAAGUUAUAGAAACACUUUAUCAUGUUGACAUGACAGUUGUCGAUAAUGAAAAAGUUUACAAGAAUCUUACGGUGCUAGAUAGAAUCAGUAUACGGUGUAACAUUUGUAAUACGAUUUAUCCCAGAAUGGAUAAGUGUCAGGUGCACAUAUGGGGACAUCUCAAUAUGAAACCUUAUCGAUGCAGAGGUUGUGAAUUUGCUACUGUAACAGUUAGUAAUGUACGGUGUCAUAUAAGGAAGAGCCAUCUUAAAAUCAAACCUUUCGAGUGUCACCUUUGCGAAAAGAGAUAUGUCACUGCAGUAUUGCUAGAGGAACACUUGAACACUCAUACUGGAGCAAAACCUUAUAGCUGUAAACUCUGUGAUUUCUCUAGUUCCAGCAGACAAGUUUUGAGUUACCACAAAACUACGCAUAAGCCCUCCAAGGAUGUAACCUGCAAUAUCUGUGGCAAAGACUUUUACUCAAAAGGCAGAAUGCGAGCUCACAUGAGCAUUCAUACCAAGAAUAAAAACUUCAUGUGUAAAUUGUGCUCAACAUAUUUAUGCAAUGCAGAAGCGCUUGAAAGGCAUUGCCAGAAUGUACAUUCUCGGGAUUAUACUUGCAACAUCUGUGGCAAGAAAGUCAGAUCGAAAAAAGCUUUACAUACCCAUCAAAAUGUACACGCAGCUGCAAAGUAUAAAUGUUCAAUCUGCCCUAAUGUAUACAAAAGUAGUCACAUACUUAAGGAACAUCUUUUGAAACACGAGGGUAUCAGAAAGUAUAAAUGCAACAUCUGCGAGAAAUCUUUUGCCCAACAAUCUCACCUCGCAGCGCACAUGGCUGUUCACAGCGAAAAGAGGUAUUUUUGUCCAGGAUGUAGUCGACCUUUUAAUCGUCAUGACAAUAUGAAGAUGCACACAAAACGCUGCGAGGCUUUCCUUGCCAAUCCAGAACUGAAGAACUUGCUGGCUAAAAGGAUCCGAACAAGGUCUUUGGAGAGUACCUCUUCGAAUGGUGACUCUUCUCAGACUCUAAACGACAAUACGCUUAUUACAUUGAAGACUGAAACUAAUAAUGAUAAGACUGAUGUAGAUUUAAAUAAUUGUACAUCGAGAGAUGCCGAGAUAUCGGAUACCACCGAUAUCACAAAUAAUAAAAAUACUGAUGACGAUUUGUUGCAAUCCAAGGACAAUGAUAUCAUCAGGAUUGGAGAGGUUGAGAUCUUUCCAAUCGUGGAAAAAAAUGCCUUAAACGUUCGUACAAGUGGAUCAGUUACCAUUAUCGAGAAUGUACUAGGACCCGAAUGUUUUUAAUUAGUUAGUAAUAAGAUGCAAUCCUGUUUAUCCUUAAUUCUCGAGAUAACAUAAAAUUAAUAGAUCAUUGAGUGAUGUUGUUUUGAAUCACCAAUCAUUUCGUGUAUCUCGAGAGUUACGAUCUUUAUUUUUGAUAAACUGGAUUCUGUCGCAUUGGCCAUAAUUAAUAUUUAUAGUUCCCUAUUGAAUUGCUCAAUAUCUUUUUGUCUUUCCUUUUUUAAAGACAAUCACGCUUUUGGCGUUACUUAAUUCUAGAAUCUAAGUUUUAUCGAUCAAGUAAAAUUAAUUGUUUUAGUCUAGUGAAUUCGGAUUGGACGGUUUCUCAAGAAAAUGACAUUUUCCAUUAAUUUUUUUUACUACGCCAUUUUCUGCAUUCUUUCGAUUUGAGAAACAAGACAUAUCCUCAGAAAGACUAUAGUGUUUCACAGAGUAUUUUUGUAGAAGGAGAAAUACGUUGAUCAAUAUUUACGCUUACCUAAGAUUUCACAAUGAAACUAAGACUGAUCGAAUGUCAAAUUGUAACGCGAAGUUCCUAUAAAGUUGAUUGACAAAGAAAAA